GCUGCCAACAUGAGUCCUUUUUGCUAAUAAAUGGCGGACCACAAAAUUUUGUAACAAAAGCGAGCCGAUAUUUCUGUGAAUAAAUCGUUACGAAAUAAAAUAUUACAAUGGAGUUGACUCGCACUACACUUGGAAUUGCAGUGGGCAUUGCCGGGACUCUGUUCCUGGGGUAUUGUGUAUACUUCGACCAACAACGUCGCAAGGACCCUCUUUUCAAAAAAAAGCUCAGAGAACGCAGACAGAAUGCCCGCAAAUGUGCGUCACGCUCUAACGCAAUGGGCGGGCCCCUGCCUGACAUGAGCGACCAUGAGGCUAUGCAGCGGUUCUUCCUGCAACAGAUCCAGUUGGGUGAGGAGCUCCUGGCAGCUGGAGACCUCGAGGCGGGAGUGGAGCACCUCGGCCAGGCUGUGGCAGUGUGCGGGCAGACACAGCAGCUGCUUAGUGUGCUCCAACAAACCAUGCCGGCUCCAAUCUUCCACCUGCUCCUAAAGAAGCUCCCCGAAGUCUCCGAGCGACUCCGGGCCUCCAUGAAGGCGAGCGGAGGCAAUUGUCUGCAAGAGGAGGAUGUUGAAUAAGCAGAGGCCUAGACGAUGUUGAUUUGCACUUGCGGAAUGUUCCAUACAAAGAAAAAUAGUAACACUUUCACCGCCACAGUGGGAUAUAGCCGACAAAGGUUACGGUAUAAAAUUAAUCUUACUACAUUAAAAGGUGUUACUAUGCUGUGUUAUCUAGUCGUGGCGGUCAAAAGGUUAAACUAAUUUACUUACUUUUUUCUUGCCGCUGGCCGGACUUUAAGUGACAUAAAGGUGUGUGCACGUCAAAAUGCAUACAUUGAUGUGACAGCUGCACACACAAUGACAUGUCACAAAUCAAAUGUGUUUUGAUUAUUUUAUUCACACCAGUUGUGAUGAAAUUGUGAUCUGACUAGGAAGGAGAAACAAGCGACAAAUGAUUAUGACGGUGAUGAUGAUGAUGAUGAAUUAAUACAAGAAUUGUAUCGUAAAUAUUGUAUAAAUCUGAAAUAACGAAUUUAUUUCAAUGUAUGUAGGUUCAUUUUACAAUAACAGUCUAAUAAUGUCGUCCAUAUGUGGCGAGUCAGGUAAUGCCAUCUUUUAACUCUUGGUUGGUCUUAACAAGGGUAAAGGAGAUAGCAUUAUGAUCUCAGUAGACGACUUACUUGUAAUUUCUUCCGCAAGUGCAAAUAAAGACUCGAAAACAUCAAAUGACUGAACAUUUUCUCAAACCCCUUCUCUUUUGAUUACGAACAGAGUUCUAUGGCAUAUUGAAUCCCAUACAACAUAGAACCAUGUCACUUUGAAACGGGUCUCUAUUGUUUCCCAAAUGGUUUUAAGUCCUAAUGUAUUGUUUGCCCGAAUUUUCGUUAGUGUUAAUUGGUUUUUCUCAGAAACGCGUAACUUUUCAGGAUUGCCAUAAAACAAACCUAACCUAACCUAUCUAUAGAAUAACCUUACGAAAAUCCUGAAAAGUUAACGGUUUCAGUUUUGUGACUAACGAUAAUAUGACAAACAAUACAUUAUGACUUAAAACUUUAUGGGAAACAAAGGGACCCCCUUCGAAACACGACAGCCUAAUCGUAUUAUUUGUUCCAUUAUGCAUUGGGCUAAUCUAUUUUAAUGUACAAUCGGAACUAUCAAAGAAGGUAGAGUAUUUUCAAAUACAUUACUUUAUGUAACAUUUCUUUAUAGUGAAUGUUAAAAGCAUUAAGUUGAACAAUAGCGUGUAGUCUUAAUUUUAGUGAUUAUUGAUACAAUACUUGUCUUUUGAUUUCUUAAUAAUUUAAUCAUGCUUUAUUCUUUAAUGUCAUGUCACUCACAGUUUUGAAUUUAUAAAUUAUUUGAGUUAAUUUAUUUUGAGCUGUAUUGCCGAAAAAUAUAAUUGUCGCGCAUUGCCGACUGGUGUUAACUCUUUAAUCGUCUUGUCGGCAUUUCUCACGCCUAUUACACGAUGGGUAAAAUGCACGUAAUGCCUGCCUAAAAGUAAGCGGACGACAUAGCCUAUGGACACUUGUAACGUCAGCGGUAUGCGCGUUAUCAUUUCCUACAUUAUUUAAACUGUUCAAAAGUUUAAGUGACAUGUUUAUUUCAAUUUAAAAUCUAUACGGUAUUGGCUGUGAUAGUCCACAAAUAUAAUAUCCGCCAUUUUUCAAUAUCGUGACAAGACAAAAGUUUUUAUUGUUUUAGGUUUUGUUCGCAACUGGUUAAGGAUGCCUGUGAGUUUUGAUUGAGAUUUUAUUGUGAAUAAAAGUAUUGUAAAAA